GUUCAAACUUCGAACUUGUACGGCUGAACUUGAAGCGAGCGUUCACGUCGCGCAAUGAUUCAUGGGAUAUUGUUGAAAAAUGGCGGAAACGUCUAACAGCGACGAAUGUUACCAGCAAAGCGUCGUGUCUCCUUCCGUAAGAAGCAAUAGGAAAGUUCCAACGCGUUUUUCCUGUUGGCACGACAUAAUUUUGUUGAGGGAAGUAGUGACUGUAAAUCCGUAUGCCUAUGAAAAUCCGAAAGUUGCGUGGAAAGAUAUAGCUGAAAAUUUACAAACGUAUUACGAUGUCGACGGUAGAAGAUGCCGUGAAAGGACAAAUUUACUUCUACAAUAUUAUGACAAGAAUGAUCAAGCCAGUUUGAGAAAAUCUGGAACAGAAGAAGAAUUUACAGAACGUAAUGAACUUCUAGAAGAAAUAAAAGAAUUAAAAUAUGAGGCCCAGAUGACAACCGAGAAAUCAACACCACAAGCCAUUGCUGGGCAGCAAGUCAGGGAUGCAGCCAUGACACCUUUAAGAGCAUCAUCACCCGAGUUUCCAUCUGAUGAAGAUAUCAAUUUCUCAAAAAAAAGAAAACAAAACUUUCUUGUCUCAUACUUACAAAGCAAGCAAGACCAAGAGCAUCAGUUGAAAGAGGAAGAAUUAAAUUUAAAGAAAGAACAACUGCAGAUAGAGUUGAAAAGAGUGAAACUGGAACAAGAAAAAUUAGAUUUGGAAAAAGAAAAAUUUGAUUUAGAGAGGAAAGAGAGAGAAUCAAGAUGUGAACUAGAGAAAAAAGAGAGAGAAAUAAGACUGAAGCAGGAUGGAGAGGAAAGAAAAUUGUUAUUAGAAUUACUUAUGAAAACUUUGAAUAAAAACUAAUUUUUUAUAAAAUUGAAAAAAAUUCUUUAUUUAUUGAUUUACAUUUUAAGUAUUUGUCCAAUUUGGGAGAUAAACAAUUAAAAUAAUCUGAUGUUUCACUACUGUUUAAGCAAGUGUGACAG